AUGUCUACUUCCAACCCAUUAACUAUCGAUUCUCCUAUUCAAAUUUCAACCUUACCAAAAAGUAAAAGCCGUUCUUCCUCAUCCAGCAUUAACUCCCUUUAUGAAAUUGAAUAUGUACCCGGAGACCAAUUACCCGAAACCACCUUUCCUCUGAUCAAUCCCUACGAAUACUUUUCACGCAAGCCUAAUACUUUCUCUGUCAAAGGUGUCAGAGAAUUAAUAAGACCGUCUUCCAGCAGGCGAAUCUUGGAGUACGUUUCAUCCAGCAAAUUCUCAUCUUGCCAAGUCCCAGCCACGGAAGAAGAGCAAUUCGUUUCACUCAACAUACCAGAAAAUUUACCAAGGCUAUGGCAGCAACAGGGGUACACUCAUCUACACUUCGGGGUGGUCAGACUCGGCCUGACGCUACAUGCACGCAAAGGCCUACCCGUAAUAGCCCGCCUUGCGUUAGUUGACUCCAGACUAAAGUCAUAUCAGCAAGCUUGCAUUGGAACGGUCCAAACAACAUUAAAUGCUUGA